AUGUACCUCUUCCACCGGCUUCUGAGCCUUCUGACCAUGAUGUACAAUGAGCACGACCAGUUGACCCUGUGUGACUUCGUCAGACCGAAGCAGCGCCGGCAGAUUCAGCGCGAUCGCUCUGCCCGAGGCGAUGGCGAGGAGGAAGGCGAGGCCUCGCCUCGGUCCCCAGCAGAGACUCCGAAAGCAAAGCCCAAGGCGAAGGUUCAGCCCAAGCCCAAGGCCGGAUGA